CUUGCUUCGUCAUUUCUGUCGCAGUGAGUUUCCGUGUUUUUGCCGCGUUCAAAGCAACUGGGAACUCGGAAAAAUACAAAGUCAAAUCAUGACGUCAGCGAUCUUCAGCUCGGAAGGUCGGAGCUCUCCAAUUCCCACGUUGGAUUUCCGAGUUGGAUGACCGUUCAAAUAGAUUUUUCCCAGUCGGAGCUCGUUUUUUUUUUUUUUAGUUCACAGUUGUUUUGAACUCAUUGAAGUCGGAAGUCAGAGAUUUCCGAGUUCCCAGUUGUGUUGAACGCGGCAUUAGCUACAACAACAUCUCACAUAUGCAAUGGUUGGUGUGCAGUGAUGGCUUUUAUAAAGAGGAAAGAACGAUCGAAAGAAAGGUUUUCUCUCCUGUUGCUGGACCUGGAAGAGUAUUACUUUGAACAGCACACAGUGUAUCAUGUGACAACCAGUUCAGCCAAAAAAAGAAAGAUCAGAGGGUCACUCAAAGUAUGCUCCAAAUCCAUCAUAUUUGAACCUGAGGACCAUGUGGAGCCCAUUUUAAAGAUUCCUCUCAGAGAUUGCAAAAAGAUUGAAGCGGUUGAAGAAAAGGACCAGAAUCCUUUCAAUGAGAGCAAACCAGCUGGCCUCACCAUUUUAUGCAAACAGGUUUACCUUAUCAAAGAGAACAAUGUGGUUGCACCUUACAGAGUUGAAAGGGGAGACAGUACCUUUGUCUUCCAUCUGGAAGUUUUCAGUAAAACGGAGGAUGUUGUCCAAACACUACUUCAGCUGCAUAGGGCCUCUUGUCUGGACAAGCUUGGAGACCAGACUGCAAUGAUUGCUGCUAAUUUACAAUCCAGAUUGGCAAGAACUUCAUUUGACAAGAACAGCUUUCAGAAUGUUUCAGAAAUACCACACAUGGAAUGCGAGGCGGAGAUGGUCACUCCAUUGGUUACAAACCCUGGUCACGUGUGUAUAACUGACCAAUGCCUCUACUUCCAACCACUCAAUGGCUAUCCUGAACAGGUAGUCCGGAUCGAGCUCCAUCGAGUGAAACAAAUCUAUAAGCGAAGGCAUGGACUCAGGCCAUUGGGGCUGGAGGUGUUCUGUACUGAAAACGACUUCUGCUCUGACAUCUAUCUGAAGUUUUACAAGACCAGUGACAGAAAUGACCUCUACUACUAUAUCGCCACGUUUCUGGAGAACCACAUGGUGGAACACACAGCGGAGAGUUACAUGCUGCAGUGGCAGCGGGGUCACCUCAGUAACUACCAGUACCUUCUGCACCUCAACAACCUGGCUGACCGCAGCGGCAACGAUCUGUCUCAGUACCCCGUUUUCCCCUGGAUCAUCGCUGACUACAACAGCACAGAGCUUGAUAUGAUGAACCCCGCAACUUUCCGUGACCUGAGCAAGCCUGUGGGAGCGCUGAAUAAAGAGAGACUAGAGAGAUUGUUGUCCCGGUACAGAGACAUGCCUGAUCCUUGUUUCAUGUACGGCAGUCAUUACUCCUCUCCAGGCUAUGUGCUUUUCUACUUAGUCAGAGUAGCCCCAGAACACAUGCUGUGUCUUCAAAAUGGCCGCUAUGACAAUGCAGACCGCAUGUUCAAUAGCAUUGGAGAAACGUGGAAAAAUUGCUUAGAGGGUGCAACUGACUUCAAAGAGUUGAUCCCAGACUUCUAUGGGAAUGACCCCAGCUUUCUGCUAAACUGCCUUAGUCUGGAUCUGGGGAAGAAGCAAGGUGGAAGCUCGGUUCAAGAUGUAGUUCUUCCGCCAUGGGCUGCAGAUGCCAGUGAUUUUCUUCAGAAGAGUCAGAAAGCGCUGGAGAGUCAGUACGUGUCAGAACACCUGCACGAGUGGAUCGACCUGGUGUUUGGCUUCAAGCAAAAAGGAAGUGAAGCCGUGGCAGCCCACAAUGUGUUCCAUCCGUUGACAUAUGAGGGUGGCAUUGACUGUGAUAGUAUAGAGGACCCCAAUGAGAAGAUUGCUAUGUUGAUUCAGAUCCUGGAGUUUGGGCAAACCCCGACGCAACUGUUCACCACCCCACACCCGCAGAGGAUAACACCCAGAUUCCAGAGCAUAUCGCGAACACCCAGUGUAAACACACCCCUCAACGAGCUUUCUCCAGCAUCCACCAGUGAGGACUCCUCCUUUGAAGACCUAACCGAAGAGACUAGGAGACUGGCUUGGAACAACAUAGCUAAACUCAAGUUGAUGUCCACCCACAAAAUCCAUAAAGAGGCUGUGACAGGCAUCGCAGUGACUCGGACCGCGUCGUCUGUCUUCACAACAUCACAAGACUCGACACUGAAGAUGUUCUCCAGAGAGUCUAAUGGAUUGCAGAGAAGCAUGUCCUUCUCCAACAUGGCAUUAUCGUCGUGCUUGAUGCUACCAGAGGAUAAGGCCGUAGUCUGCUCCUCGUGGGACAAUAAUGUGUAUUUCUACUCGAUACCAUUUGGCAGGCGUCAGGACACGUUGAUGGGCCAUGAUGAUGCCAUCAGUAAGAUGUGCUGGAAGGACAACCAGCUUUACACUGCAUCCUGGGACUCUACAGUCAAGGUUUGGCAAUGUGACUCUGUCGAUAUCGCGAAUAAUAAGAGAUGCCAAUUCGAGUUGCUGGCAGAGUUUGAACACGAAGCGGGGGUGAACACUAUUAACCUAAACCCAGCGGGUACUUUGUUGGUGUCAGGGACUAAGGAUGGAACCGCCACCAUUUGGGAUACCAGUAGCUCAGUACAACUCCAUCAAGUCCACUGUCAUUCAGGAAAGAUCCACGAUAUGGCCUUUAGUCCUGACAGCAGACACAUCUUGAGUGUAGGAGAGGACUCGUGUCUGAAGGUAAUCGACGUCCAGACAGGCAUGAUGAUCUCAUCUGUGCAAGCUGAUGAGGAGCAGCGGUGUUUCUGCUGGGACGGGAACACGGUCCUGUCGGGCGGUCAGUCCGGACACCUCCAGGUCCUGGACCUGCUAAGCAACAAAGUGACCACCAGGAUCCCCGGACAUUCAGGUGCAGUCACAGCGAUGUGGAUGAACGAGCAGUGUAGCACGGUGAUCACAGGUGGCGAAGACAAGCAGAUCAUCUUCUGGAAACUUGACUGUUGACCACGGUGCUAGAUAGUCCCUCUGUAUGUGUAUGUACAGAGGUGAAGUCCAAGAGGGACACUCACAUUGAGACAUCUUUUAUACUGUCUGGCUCCAACCAAAGAGGCUAUCAUCGUCGGUCAAGGUAACUACUUAGGCUGGCUGGCCUGCUGGCUGGCUCACCCAGAGAUGGUAACGCAUUAUCAUUGCACAUAUGACUUUACAAAUAUACUGGUCCAGUUAGCAGGGACAACAAUCAUACUCCUGUAUGGAGUUCUCAAACAAAAUCUAAUUAUGAACAAUAUAACCAUCCUCAACCAUGUUAGCGUAACAUAUUAACCAUCCUCAACCAUGUUAGCGUAACAUAUUAACCAUUCUCAAUCAUGUUAGAGUAACAUAUUGGCCAUCCUCAACCAUGUUAGCGUAACAUAUUAACCAUCCUCAACCAUGUUAGCGUAACAUAUUAACCAUCCUCAAUCAUGUUAGCGUAACAUAUCGGCCAUCCUCAACCAUGUUAGCGUAACAUAUCGGCCAUCCUCAACCAUGUUAGCGUAACAUAUUGGCCAUCCUCAACCAUGUAGCGUAACAUAUCGGCCAUCCUCAACCAUGUUAGCGUAACAACUUGGCCAUCCUCAAUCAUGUUAGCGUAACAUAUUGGCCAUCCUCAACCAUGGUAGCGUAACAUAUUGGCCAUCCUCAACCAUGUUAGCGUAACAUAUUGGCCAUCCUCAAUCAUGUAACGUAACAUAUUGGCCAUCCUCAAUCAUGUUAGCGUAACAUAUUGACCAUCCUCAACCAUGUAUAGUCGUAACAACUUGCCAUCCUCAACCAUGUUAGCGUAACAACUUGGCCAUCCUCAACCAUGUUAGCGUAACAACUUGGCCAUCCUCAACCAUGUUAGCGUUAAACAACUGGCCAUCCUCAACCAUGUUAGCGUAACAUAUUGGCCAUCCUCAACCAUGUUAGCCAAUAGAAAUGUCAAUUUGAAACCAGUGAGGGUGGUAUGGCGAUGAUUAGAUUCUGCACAUGCCCUUUUGCAGCAUUCCCAUGCUAAUUUUGCACUUCAAUGCUUUUGCCAGACAGUGAGUCAACCCAGGUUUCUUUAGAUUAGUUUUUUUACAUUAUCUUACUGUACAGCAUAUUUUGCUUUUCUGUCUAUUGUUUAAGCGUUCAUUCAGUUGUCAUAGUGCCUUAGUGACUGGCCAUUUAAUCAUGAUGUAAUUGACCACAUAGUGGUCGGAAUAAACCUCUGGCACAAAACAAACUGUAUAGCAAGCAGUGUUUCAGAAAUAACUGCAGUAGAGAUUAUCAUGACAAUAAAUAAAUGUACAAUGUAACACACUUUGAGCACCUGGAAAAGCUCUAUAUAAAUCCACUCCAUUCAUAGUAUUAUUAAAUACACACGUGCUACAUAAAAAAUAUAUUCAUUCGAUUUAUUUUCCCCACAAUUUUCAUUUGAGAGCAGCAGUAAUUCAUUGCUAAUGCAUGGAAAAUGUCCAAGAGUUAUUGUAGACACACAAAAAAAGGAAUAUAUUAAUACACCUAACUGUUGAACUUACACUGAGGCAUAAUUCAAAAUACUGUUUAUAAGCGCUUUGGCCCAACUGUAUUUGAGGAACUGCUUUACUGAGACUGAGUAGACUCAGGAACUCUCACCCAUGCAAAGAGUGCAUUUCUUUCAAGUUUGUCAACCUUGUUAUAGCAAGAUAAAUGUGUGUGUUACUGAAGUGUGAUGCUAUGGCAUAGACUGCCAAUGCACUGUGUAGCUAACCAUAUACCACCCUGUACAUCCAUUUUAACAGAGAUGACCCAUCUUGUUUUAUUACUUUAGAUUUGAUUUACAUUAUGUGGAGCUUAAACCUGUAUUAACAAGGUAGUUACAUAGCCAAGUACUGUAGAAUGUAAUUGCAGUAUUGGAACAUAGUUUUAAGUACUAUGAUACAUGUUUGCCAUUUGUGUAAAAUUACACAUUUAGACUUUUUUUAUAUGCAUCGGAUUUGUGAUGGGGAAACCUCCAAUUUAGAUGUGGUUUAACCUCCCCUUUUCCUAGAAAUAUUGCUUUCGAUUGCACAGUUGUCUCCACUGUGAUCAGUUUAUUUGCGAGUCCUUGUAAUCAUUAAACAGGUGUAACAGUUGUAAGUAAUAUGUAACAAAAUGUACUCAGACUCUAGUACCACUACUAGCACUGUAAGUAAAAGCUGCCAGCAGCAUUUGGCCUAAUGGGAAGUAGCUAAAAAUGAAGCAGUGCCCUCCUAGUGACGUAAGUGAAUGUAUUUGAGUGAGAUUGCUGAGAAAAACUAUGCUGUAAAUCGGGAUGUCUACUAUCUUUCAGGCCUCAGGGCUAACAGUGUUAUGUUGCUGCAGUAUGUCCUCCCAGCUUUUGUGUACUGUACAGAUCCUGCUCAAUAAAAUAUUGCACAUCUGUGAAUAUACUAUA